GGAAACUAGCCUCGGGGUCCCCGGGCCCUCACAUCCAUGGAUCCCCGAUCCGGGUACCAACCGGAGCGCCACUCGGCCGGGUUAGCCAGACCGACAGCAGCUCAGACCUGUCGGACUGCCCGUCCGAGCCGCUGUCGGACGAGCAGAGGUUGGCACCGGCCGCUAGUAGUGACGCCGAGUCCGGUACCGGCUCCAGUGAUCGGGAUCAGCUGGGAGCCGAUAAUCCGCUGCGGGCAGAAGCGACCGGAGCGACUGCUGUUGCCGCUGCCGCUGCUGCUGCUGCUCCUCCGCUGCGCACAACGGAGGCUUCCGCCGCCAAGGGAAGCAUGUCUCAGGCUCAACCCGCUCCGGGGGCGCACGGAGAGAAACACAAGCAGGAGAAACCCACAACAAGCGCACAAUUCAAACUGCCAGGCACCAAGGAUGUAACGGAGGAGGACCUGCUGCGGGAAAUUGAAGAUCUGAGAUCAGAAAACGACUACCUCAAGGAUGAAGUGGAUGAGCUGCGGGCAGAGAUGGAGGAGAUGCGAGACAGCUACCUGGAGGAGGAGGUCUACCAGCUGCAGGAGCUGCGGAGGGAACUGGACCGAUCCAACAAGAACUGCCGCAUCCUGCAAUACCGCCUACGAAAGGCCGAGCAGAAGAGCCUGCGGGUCGCACAGACCGGCCACGUGGACGGAGAGAUGCUCCGUGGUCUGGAGCAAGACCUGAAGGUGGCCAAAGAUGUGUCGGUGCGUUUGCACAACGAGCUGGAGAGCGUGGAGGACAAACGCAGCAGAGCCGAGGACGAGAACGAGCUGCUCAGACAAAAGAUCAUCGAGGUGGAGAUUUCCAAACAGGCACUGCACAACGAGCUGGAGAGGACCAAAGAGACUGCUCUGAGGAGACGAGGAAGCAGGGAAACGUUUAAAGACAAGAAAUCUACAAGUCAGGAGGACAGUGCAGACCUCAGGUGCCAGCUCCAGUUUGCCAAGGAGGAGUCGAGCCUGAUGAGGAAAAAGAUGGCGAAGCUUGGCCGGGAGAAGGAUGAACUGGAGCAGGAACUGCAAAAGUACAAGUCUUUUUAUGGGGACGUGGAGAGUCCCCUUCCUCUCGCUGAAUGCUCAGGCGGAGGACCCCAUAGCACUCGGGAGAAUGAGCUGCGAUUACGGCUAAAGCUAGUGGAGGAGGAGGCUAACAUCUUGGGCAGAAAGAUUGUGGAGCUGGAGGUGGAGAACCGCAGCCUGAGGGCAGAAAACGAAGACAUCCGGUGUCAGUACGAAAGGGACUGCUUUGGGCGAGAACCCUUCUCCAGCAUGCCCUCAUCGCCGUACGGUGGUGACGCGCUUGAGUCGGCCAGUGAGCUACGUCGCCACCUCCAGUUUGUGGAGGAGGAGGCUGAGCUGUUGCGCCGCUCCAUCUCAGAGAUAGAGGACCACAACAGGCAGCUCACAUCUGAACUCAAUCGCUUCAAAUUUGGCCCCAGCAGCAGCUCUGGGCCUGUUGGGGAAGAAGGUAGCGAAGGAGGACUGUUUAAACCUGGUAAUGGGGGGAACGGAAAUGGCUCCAGUAGUGGGAUGAUGAUGGAGGAGCUGAAGUCAGCCAGGAUGCAGAUCAACGAGCUGAGUGGAAAGGUGAUGAAGCUGCAGUACGAGAACCGUGUCCUCAUGUCAAACGUCCAACGCUGCGACUUGGCCGCGCACCUCGGCCUGCGCACCGGCAGCCCCCGAGACAGCGAUGCAGAGAGCGACGCAGGCCGACGAGAAGCUGCUGAAGACGAGGAGACAGGGCGACUCCUUCUCCUUCAUCCCAAGAGGGAAGGUCCUAUCGGAGGUGAGAGUGAUUCUGAAGACAUGUUUGAGAAAACAACAACCACCUCAGGGUUCGGAAGCAUCAAACCCUCAGAUGGCAGCGAGCUGAGCGCCACCGAACUGGCCAAUCGCAGGAGGGAAGAGAGGGAGUCAUUCAGCAACGUGAAGCGAGAGGCAGAAAGGCUCGGGAAGACGGUUGACCGACUGAUCACGGACACUGAUAGUUUGAUCUUUGAGGGCAGGCUGCUGGUGACGACAGGAGAGAGCCUGGAGGGAGGGGGGACAUCUGGAUCCAAACCAGACACCCAGGUCUUAGACACCAUCAACACUCGCAUGAAGGCUUUCCGCACUGAGCUGCACAUCUUCAUGGAGAAACUGGACCAUGUAGGGGAGGGACUGAGAGAAAGGACAGAUGAUCUGUCACCCAUGCCAAACCUCACAGAGUCCAGCAGCUUCCUGUCCACUGUCACCUCCAUGUCCCGCGACUCUCCCAUUGGCACCUUUGGAAGAGACCUGGUGACAGAUUUCCAGUCCGGUCAGAGGGAUGAGCUGGAGUGGCGUCUAGGACAGGAGCGAGGCGUGGAGCCCCAGUGCCAGAGCCAGGGUGGGGGCCAGGCCCAGAGCAGGGGAGCCACGGGACUCACUAGGUACCACAGGCCCCUGGCUUUAAGAGCAGAGCUCCGGGACACGCCUGCCUCUGACAUCCAGUUUCGUCUGGAUCACGAGCGAAGGCUGAGAGCGGCGACGGAGGAACGGGAGACUGUCGUUUCUCUGCCUCAGCAGGAAGAUGACCUUUUGCGUCUCGAGGCCCAGCGUGGAGCUCUGGAGCUGCAGGGACUUCAGAGUCACGAGGUGCCCUGGGUUCAGGAGAGGGCCAUGCUCCAACAGGAAGUUCGCCUUUUCAGACGCAACACCAUCAUCUUCUACAUGAAGCUCAGGUGGAUCCUUAUGCACUGGAGGCUCAGCCGCAAGGACGACUCCGGAGAGGAGACGGUGAACCCAGAGUUUGAGAAGUUGGAGGGCAUCCCAGACUUGGGAGUGAUAAUGGAGCAGGCGGAGGGGGAGUCAGGUCGAGACGACAGACUGUGUUUACCACAAACUCCAGGGGACGUCCCAGAUCCCAGACCCAUCAUCCCUCUGCCGUCACCUGAUCAACACCUGCAGCAUCAAAGACAGUUUGGGGAGAACCGUCGGGUGCUGCAGGCCCUGCGGACGCUGCUGGAGGAGUUUCGGGAGGAGCUGCGGGAGGAGGAGACGCGACGAUGGCAACUGCAGCAGUCCUAUGCCAAUGACAAAGCCGCCUGGGAGGUCAAGUGGGCAGAGAUGAAGUGCCAGGUUGCCCAGUUGGAGGAGGAGACACAAGGCAAGGUGCGAGGUGAAGCACAGGGAGAUGAAGGGGAACCAGUCGGAGACCCCGAGUGGGCCUUGAAGCAGGAGCGUGAGGAGCACCGGCGCCUGCUGGCCGAGAGCCACAGCACCUCCUUGGACCUCCGCUGGAAGCUGCAGCACGGAGAGAAGAGGUGGAGCCGCGAGAGAGCAGAGCUGCUGGAGCGCUUCGACCGGGAGCGACAGGAGUGGGACGGCAGCAUGAGAGAGCUCCACCGAAAGAUGGAGAGGAUGCAGCGAGAGCUGAACACCCGUCGAGGCGAGGGCAUCGACAUCAGAGAAGGCAGUUCGGGCCACAGAGGCCUGUUCUCUCCUCAGGACAGUCCCUGCAACGCCCCCCGGUCGCCUCGCUCCCCACGAUCCCCCUGUACGUCCACCCCCGUCCUGGUCCCCCCCACGCGCUCCCACUCUGACUCUGAGGUCAUGCUGGAGGAACAGGGGGCCGCAAUGAGGCUGAAAGGUCCGACGGAGAACCUCUUCCUGGACGCGUUGUCUCUGGACCCCCUCAGCGGCCUGGAGGUCCCUCCUCCCUCCAGACUGGAGAGCGAGAAGAGGUUCCCCUGCAUGAAGGAGGCCCUGAAUGAGAUUUCGGAGAGAGAGGGUGAUCCGGCGUACCCAGAGGAGGAGAUGAGCGGUGGGAGUCUGCUCAGAGCCAAGUCAGUUUGCUCCAUGAGUGACUUCCAGAGGUUAAUGGACAGCUCGCCGUUCCUCCCCGACAAAAAUCGCCACGGGGAUCGGGGCCAAGAUGACGCCACUCCGCCUCUGUCCCCAGACGACCUCAAGUACAUUGAAGAGUUCAACAAUAAGGGCUGGGACUUCCCAUCGUCCAGCUCUGGCCCGGGUCCCGCUCGGGAGGUGUGGACAGAAAAAACCUCCGAGGCCCGGGGAGGGGAGCCCGUUCCUGAUCCAUUCCAGCCAGCCUCCUGGUUCCUCACCACCAGCGCCACAUUGACCACCAGCACCCUGAGCAGCCCUGAGCACUGCCACAAGUCCCCGCUGAGGGGCAACGGAGCAGGGGCGGCAGGGGUGGGAGUGGAGCACUAUGGGGUGCACCUCCUCCACAGCCCAACCAGACCUGGGGCAGCUGAGCGCCCCACUGUCCAAGACCCGGACUUUCUGUACGCCAAGGGGACCAAAGCUAGGGGUGGAGGAGAGGCUGGGAUGGGAGCCAGCGGGCCAGAUGAGGUGUUUGGCGGUGGGAGGUGGCCGUGUGGGCUUCUGGAGGGUGGGGGGCUGAGGACUUCUCCUAGUCAAUCUCCUAUCUGCCCCACAGUAGGCUACACCUCCUCUCUGGAGCUUCAGCUCUCCAGAAACUUGAGUGACGACAUGAAGGAGGUGGCCAUCUCUGUGAGAAACGCCAUCCGCUCUCCACCAGGUCCCGUCGUCCGGGACACUGCCUGCCAGACCAACGGAUUCACCACGCGAGGCACUCAGACCACCCAGACCAUCAGUGUGGGUCUGCAGACGGAUUUGCUGAGGAACCUGACCAGCAGCCCCCACCGCUGCCUCACCCCAAAAGGUGGCAGCACACCCAUCUCUUCCCCGUCACGCAGCCUGAGGAAGGUUCAGUACUCUCCUGUGGUCCAGAGCAAGUUUGAACGACCCUGCUGCUCGCCAAAGUAUGGCUCACCCAAACUUCAGCGCAAACUGUCUACGUCCAAUAAGACCGAGCUGCCCACUACCAGCCGCGCCCCUACCCCCACCACACCCCAGAAGGGCAACAAUGAGUCAGCAUGGGCCCGCUCCACCACCACUCGCGACAGCCCCGUCCACACCACCAUCAAUGACGGCCUCUCCAGCCUCUUCAACAUCAUCGACCACACCCCCGUGGUCUAUGACUCCAUGCAGAAGUUCAACAAGUCCCCCAGUCGCUCUCGCCCCACCCCGCCCUCCACCACUGAGCCCAGCCCUGCUCACGGGGCUCUCGCCACGGACCCCAGAAAUGUGCAGGAGUGCUUGCGGACUGCCCGAGGGCGCUCGCCCAGCCCCGUGCAGCUGAUAGUGGAGACGCAGGGGGACAAAAAUCCAGAGGUGGUGAGCAUACGGCAGGACCUGUCGGCCCCGCCAGGCUACACGCUGGCUGAAAACACAGCCCGCAUCCUCAAUAAGAAGCUGCAGGAGCAGAACUUUAGAGAGGAGAGGAGGCUGCAGGCUGGAGGACAGAGCAGCCACAGCAGAGACAGCAGCAGGCAGGCCGAGUCAGACAGGGGACAGUCUGGAUGUAUGGAGGACCUGCCUCGCUCUCCGGUGGCUCCGCCCCUGGACUCCUGCUUCCUGAGACCGGCCCGCCCAGCCAACCGCAGACCCCCCUCACGCUGGGCCGCCCGCUCUCCCUCCUCCUCCCCCAAGUGGAGUGAGGGCUCGAAGAGGAGGUUUACCUUUCCGCCGCCGGGACACCGGAACACCAUCCUGGAGGGUGAGGAGCCGGCAUGAGUCCGUUCUCUACCUCCUCUCGCCCUCUUCCACCUCAGCCUAAAAAGACCCAGUACCUCAGAAACCCCCUCAAAUCUAGAGACUCCCUAAGAGACAGAGCCUGACGGGGGGGUUGGGAUCCACCCAGUAGCACCAGCUGACCAUCGAGGAACCAGAACUUCUUUUUAGAAGAACCUGGAAUGUACUGUAAUCUCAUCAAAAAAGACAUAAAAACUACAUUUCCAUAAGAGGUGCCUGCACACACUUGAGUUAACCAUCACCCCACAUGUGUAUAUAUGUAUUUAAUACGUACAUAUAUAUAUAUAUAUUUUAGUAACUUUAGUAACUGUAGGUCAUCUGUUGCAUUUGUAUGAAGUUUACACCAUUUUUUUCUCAUCUGUUUAUACUUUUCUUUUAUAUGUCUUUUACGUUGUCCUGCAUCAAUUCACGCUCUGACUAUUUUUUAAUGCCGCCAGCCUCUGAAGCUUGACUUUUCUGUUUAGUUUCAAGGAGAGGAAAGACAACACAUGCAAGUAAAACAAACAAACAAAAAAAGCAACUUCUGCUUCAUCGGGUCUGAAGCAGAGACACAUGAUGUCAUUUCUGAUGCUAAUGUCCUUAUUUAUUUGUACGUCGGGAUGAAUGUUUAGCUCUGUAAACGUGCUGAAGAUGGGUGACAACAAACUGAAUAACCUUAUGCAUAUUUGGAAGGCAGUUGUACAAAUAUCAGUCAAAUAUUUGCAUGCCUUUUGAACACUAGCAUGUACAUACGAGCUCUAGUCAUUUGUGUUCACUCAGCUCCAUUGUGGGGAAAAAGAAAAAAUGUUGUGAUGGGGAACUCCUGAGCUGUUGUUUUUGUUGUCACAUGAUUUGCAACGACAAAAAUAAAAACACUUUUUAAGUAAAUUAUUGUACCUACCAGACUGUCUUUGUAUAGUUGUUACUAUUGGAUAUGAAUUACUUUUUCUUUUGACAAGAGAAAGUUGAUUGUGGAAAAAAAAAUAUGAAUGUUUUAAUCGAAAAGUCUAUGUCAAAAAGUCUAAUGAUCUGUAGUCUUAU